GAAAACGAGUCAAAUCGGAGGGACAUGCAACAGAGAGAGAGAGAGAGAGAGCCUAAUAUCCUCCUCACCACAUCGCUCCCAUUUACUCUCUCUCUUCCCGCGACCCGAUUUUUCAUUCCUCCGUUUCCGGUCGCCGGCACCUACCCGUGUUCAUUCUCCGGAGAUUUAUUAUUAACAAUUCUUUGCUUUCAAUGUUGGCCAAUUGCCGAAGAUAUAUGCUCGACCGAGAAAAGCCCUAAUUUUUCAAUCAGGGGCUUUUGAGAUUUAGGGUUUAACCGGACAGAUUUCUAAGCUAUAGGCUGAUGCUGACAUAGAAUUGCACAGGUUCCGUAGGUGUUGGUCUGUAAAUUAUAUUACCGCAGUGUAAUGGACGGGAGAAAAAUCACAGCUAGUCCGCGGCCGUGCAGCAGCCGUCGGGUUGUAGCGAAGAAGCGGCCACGGAGCUGCGUUGAUGGGUUUGUCAACAGUGUCAAGAAGCUGCAGAGGAGAGAGAUUUGCUCAAAGCGCGACCGAGCCUUUAGUGUGAGUGAUGCUCAGGAAAGAUUCCGGAACAUACGAUUGCAGGAGGAAUACGAUACUCAUGAUCCAAAAGGUCGUUGUGGCACGGUGCUACUGUCUUUCCUGAAAAAGAGGUCGAAAAUAAUAGAGAUAGUAGCUGCCCACAACAUUGUAUUUGCUCUCUCUCAGUCUGGCAUUUGUGUUGCAUUCAGUCGAGAGACUAAUCAAAGGAUAUGCUUCUUGAACAUUAGUCCAGAUGAAGUUAUCAGAAGCUUAUUUUACAAUAAAAAUAAUGAUUCGCUCAUUACAGUUUCAGUUUAUGCAUCAGAUAACUUUAGUUCUUUGAAAUGCCGGACAACAAGGAUUGAGUAUAUAAAAAGAGGUAAACCAGAUGCAGGAUUUGCUCUUUUUGAGUCUGAGUCACUAAAAUGGCCUGGGUUUGUGGAGUUUGAUGAUGUAAAUGGGAAAGUACUCACUUAUUCUGCACAAGAUAGCCUAUACAAGGUAUUUGACCUGAAAAACUAUACAAUGUUGUACUCAAUAUCAGACAAAAAUGUUCAAGAGAUAAAGAUCAGUCCAGGAAUCAUGUUGUUGAUUUUCAAAGCUAGUAGCCAUGUUCCUCUGAAGAUUCUGUCCAUAGAAGAUGGUACAGUUCUUAAAACUUUCAACCAUCUACUUCAUCGAAAUAAAAAGGUGGAUUUCAUUGAACAGUUCAACGAAAAGCUUCUUGUCAAGCAAGACAACGAGAAUCUCCAGAUUCUGGAUGUCCGCAAUUCCGAGUUAACAGAAGUCAGCAGUACAGAAUUUAUGACGCCAUCAGCAUUUAUAUUUCUAUACGAGAAUCAAUUGUUCCUGACAUUUAGAAACAGAACCGUGGCAGUUUGGAACUUCCGAGGCGAGCUUGUAACAUCGUUUGAGGAUCACCUUUUGUGGCAUCCCGACUGCAACACAAACAACAUAUAUAUUACCAGUGAUCAGGAUUUAAUAAUUUCUUACUGCAAAGCUGACUCAGAUGAUCCAUUAACAGAAACAAAUGCUGGUUCGAUCAAUAUCAGCAAUAUAUUGACCGGUAAAUGCCUUGCCAAAAUAAGAGCAGACAACAGCUUGCCGGUAGAAGAACGCGGUUGCAGUUGCAGUGGCCAUUGUAGUAGUAAUAGUAGUGGCAAUAAUUGCAACUCUAAGAAGCGAAUCCAAGCUUCGAGAAUAAGCAGCAGCGUUGCAGAAGCAUUGGAGGACAUAACAGCCCUUUUCUAUGACGAGGAACGGAAUGAAAUCUAUACUGGAAAUGGACACGGCUUAGUUCAUGUAUGGUCUAACUGACAAUCAACCAACCAACCAACUGAAUGAUGUGUGUUUUAUUUAGGUAAGAAGUAACUGUGUUUGUUAUUUGUACUGUAUGGAGUUUGUAAUGAAUUAUUCGGUUUUUGUUUUGAAUCUUAGGAUUCCACAUCUCCUCCCCCAUUCUGAGUGAUCGAUCCCUUUCUUUUAGCCACCACCAUGUAAAGAAAGUUGUGUGAAUCUGAACGGGUUGUAAAACUGUUGCUGUGUUGAUGAUGUUGUGAUGGCAAAAGUGUAAUAUAAGCUUCUUGUGGCUGUUUUGUUAA